AUGACUUCAUCAGUUUUCCACAUCGCGCCCCUUCCCAAUCCGCCAGUGCCCCUCCCCCGUGUGCCAGGCCCCAAACUAGCCCCUUUCACUCCGAAUGCCCGAGCCAAUAUUGAGUUUGUUGAGUUUCUCGGCGAGGAAUACAACGUGGACUCUCAGGUCUGGAAGGUCAAGACCAAAGUAGCUGGGCAGCCUCGCCUGUUUGCUCUCAAGACGUUUUACUUCCGCCACUCAAACUUUCUCCGUAAAAACCAGGGCGGGGACCUUACAAGGCCACUUGCCAACUCUCAGCUCUAUUCCGACUACUUUGACCCUUUCAACUCAAAGCGCGAGGACCUGGCCGUCAAGGCCUACGGCUAUCUCCUCCUUACCCCUGAGCAGGAAGCCGAGUUAGCCCGGAAGGUAACAGGCGAGUCCACCCCGCCCCCCGACGCCAAGGCGGACAAGGCCCUGAAUGGCCACGAUUUCUGGAGGCGGCAGGAGGAACACCGCGGACUGCCUGUCCGGGCCAUCGUCAAAGAACUCGUCCCUAGGGGGGAAUUAAAUCCCAAUAUAGCCCAGGGCAUGUGGGCGGGCCUGAAAUCCCUUCACUCUCUGGGUAUAUUCGUGGGAGACACCCACGGCGGCAACUACCUGGGCGGGAAACUCGUCGACUUUAGCCGCUCAUGGACCAUGUACCAUCCGGCCAUGGUCCAAAUCCAGCACAACAUACGGGAAGGCAUGAUGUCGGAAGAGCUGCAGGAUCUGCUCGAUCAUUGCUACUUCUUAAAGGGCAGUCUGAGGGCGAUAGCCAUCCCCGACGACCUUGAGGCUUUCUGCUCGGGGAAUGACGAGUACAAAGGCCGCCCGUGGGCCUACAACUGGCUCAAGUGGGAGAAAGACCCCGAGGCGGCGAAAGCGUUUGUGGAAGAAAGGUUAUUUGAGAGGGCGGCCCAUUGA